ACUCAUAUCCAGCAACUCUGGUCAAUGGUUGCUCAUUUUAUAUAAGCAGCUCCUACUUACAUUGCUGGAGCACGGAGCAAGUUCUUCUCUAAGAAAUAAUCUAGAGAAUAGUAGUCGAGUAGGCUGAGAGAUUCAUCCCAAAAUGAAAAACCAGAACGUUGAUCAGGCCAUUGGAGUUCCAGUCAGUUCCGUCAUAUAUGCAGCUGGGGAGUUGAAAAGAGAAGCUGCAUCACCUGUGCCUCAGCGGCUCUAUCUUAUGCCUGCUUCUUAUGGGUCUUCUCAAUUUCAAAAGAGUAGAAAGCUUCCACUUUUUCAUUGGAUGAACAGGUUUAAGAGCAAGGCAAAUAGUUAUGCUAAAGGAAUAUGUGACCAUGUGAGUCUAGGAUCCACAGUCUCCCAAACUGUGAAAGGGAAAUUGAGCUUGGGGGUGAGGAUUCUUCAAGCUGGAGGAGUCGGAAGAAUUUUCAGACAAAAUUUCUCUGUUAAAGAGGGAGAGAAGUUGCUGAAUGCCUUCCAGUGCUAUUUGUCGACCACAGCUGGUCCUAUUUCUGGUCUUCUCUUCAUUUCAUCUGAAAAGAUUGCAUUCCGCAGCAACAGAUACAUCAAACUCAACUCUCCUGGAGAAACAGCCAGAAUCCCUUACAAGGUCUUGAUACCUCUGAGCCGGACAAAGAAGGUUUGCCAAAGUGAAAAUAUGAACAAACCAAGCCAGAAAUACAUAGAAAUCAUCACAGAAGAUGGCUUUGAGUUCUGGUUCAUGGGUUUUCUUUCUUAUGAGAGAUCUUUCAACUUCAUACAGAAGCAAUUUCAGAGCAACCGGUGACACAACUCUCAUAGUAGAAAGCAAAUGAAAGAGUAACUCCCUGCUUUGUGCCAAGCAUUGAAAAGUUUCCAAGUUUUAUGGAAGAUUGUUCAAUGCAACCUAUUAUUUUGGGCCUUCCACCUUUGUGAUUUUGUGUAAAAUACAAAGUGUACUUGUAUCAUGAGAGUUGUUAAUUGGAAUAUAAAUGAUGUUCAAGAAUUAGUAA